AAAACAAACAAGGCAGAGCACAAUUGUCAAUUCUGAGAGUGUAUUCACUGGUGUAUUGCUUCUAUAUCAUCCAUAAGUUAUAUAACUCUUAAGUUUAUCUCAGUUUAUAUUGUUGAAUAGGUCUUUGAUCGUUUACAUCCUAUUAGAUUUUCCCUAUACAUUCAUUCAAAAUGGUUCUCGAAGCAACCAUGAUAGCGAUCGACAACUCCGAGUACAUGAGAAACGGGGACUACUUGACGACCAGAUACGAUGCACAAUUGACAGCCACAGAAUUCAUUUUCCAAAACAAGGUCAACUCGAACCCAGAAAACACAGUGGGUUUACUAGCAUAUGGAGGCUCUGGACCGCAAGUAUUGUCGACAUUGACAACAGACUUUGGAAAAAUCUUGUCAGGUGUCCACGACACCAAGAUUGCAGGCGAGAACCACUUUUCCAGCGGAAUCCAGGUGGCUGCGUUGGCAUUGAAGCAUCGUCAGAAUAAGGUACAGCAACAGAGAAUCAUAGUCUUUGUCGGUUCACCUGUAAACGAAUCGGAAAAGGAAUUAGAGAAGUUGGCCAAAAAGAUGAAGAAAAACAACGUAGCCAUAGACAUCAUUAACUUUGGUGAAGAAUCGGUCAACACGUCCAAGUUGGAGAAAUUCAACUCAGUGAUAAAUAACCACGACAACUCGCAUCUUGUCACUAUUCCUCCAGGACCAAGAUUGUUGUACGAGGUGAUUGCCUCGUCUCCUAUUUUGGUUGAAGGAGGUUUCGAAGUCGACGGUGUCGACAUGGAUGGCUUUGGAGCUGGCGGCUUUGGCAACGACCUCCUUGACCCCAACAUGGAUCCAGAUUUGGCAUUGGCAUUGAGACUUUCUUUGGAGGAAGAAAGAACCAGACAGGAAAGAGAAGCUGCCGAUAGAGCAAAGAAGGACGCGGCUGUUUCCAGCGAGUUGGAGAAGAUCGACGAAGGCAAGGAGGGGGACGACAAGAAGGAUGAAGACUCCAAGGAUGUUGACAUGGAAGGAGCACAGUAGAUGUAAAACAAUAUACAAAGUAAUG